CAGCAGUCGUUCCCACAAUGCACUCCCCGAUCAUCAGCGGGAAACCAAAAUGGCGAAUGUGUUGGGGGAAAAUGAGCCGUUUGUUAUUUUCUGAGGAAGCCACGAGCCCCGCCAGUUUCCGCGAUACACUUUUGAAAUAAACUCAACUUCAGGAGGAGCGGGAUAAAAGCGGCCCUUCACAUCCUCUUAUUUUGUAGUACGAGUCGUUUGUAGAAGCGGAGGUGACCGAAUGAGAGACUCAGGGGUUGUGCAUCACCUGUCGGUCCAUCACAGAGCUCACCCCCAGCGGCAGCAGCAGGCUGUGUCCUUGUCCCCCACAAGCCUUUCUGCCAGGGGAGAGUAUGGAGAAGACAGCAUGUCUGACAGGUUUACAGAGGGACAGGACGUCUUGGCCCGGUGGUCAGAUGGCUUGUUCUACUUGGGGACAAUCACCAAGAUAGAUCGGUACAAGCAGCGAUGCUUUGUGGUUUUUGAGGAUCGGUCGAAGUCUUGGGUUCUCUGGAAGGACAUUCAGACAGGGGAUGAAGAUGAUGAGGAUGAUGAGGACGAUGACAUUGUGUGCUCCAUAUGCCAGGAUGAAACUUCAGAGGAGCCUAAUGAGAUUGUCAUUUGUGACAAGUGUGGACAAGGUUACCAUCAGCUGUGCCACUCCCCCAUCAUCGAUGCCUCUGUCAUUGACUCAGAUGACAAGUGGCUCUGCUCAGAGUGUGAGCUCACAUCUAUAUCUAAGAGGGGGGGUGCGCACAGGGGGGGAGUGUCUGCCAAAGGCUUUCUGCAGCAUGAGCAGCAGCACAUGGAGCUGCACCUGUCCUUCCCGUAUGCCCUGGAUGAACUGGUGUGGGAUCAGGGCCACAAGACUAACAUGCAGCAGUGCUACUGCUACUGUGGAGGUCCAGGAGAUUGGUACCUGAAGAUGCUGCAGUGUAACAGGUGUCAGCAGUGGUUCCACGAGGCUUGUCUCCAUUGCUUACAGAUGCCCAUGCUCUACGGAGAUAGGUUUUACCUGUUUAUCUGUUCUGUUUGCAAUGGUGGACCAGAGUACCUUAGCCGACUUUCUCUCAGAUGGGUCGAUGUGACACACCUGAGCCUGUACAACCUGAGCGUGAUCCACAAGAAGAAGUACUUUGACUCUGAGAUGCACCUGAUGACUUACAUCAAUGAGAACUGGGAGCUGCUGCAGUUGGGGGAGCUUGCUAACACUCCGGGAUCAGAGCGAUAUGAAUGUGUUCUGCAGGCAUUAAACAGCAACAGGAGCAUGUUCAUGUCAGGGAAGGAGGUAAAGAAAAAGAAGCACUUGUUUGGGCUAAGGCUCCGUUUCCCUCCUGCUCCCCCGAACUCUGAUGAGCCAACCAGCAGAGUGAUGGAGAGGGCUUCACAUGAGAUCACCAUCAAGGGAUGCAAGUCCACCAAAGCUCUAUCUGGCAUGAGGACUUGCAAUGCUUUGACCAAUGGCACAGAGAAGAAGAAAAAGAAGAAGAAAAAGAGGAAGCAAGGAUCACGCUCUCUGGAGACUCUGGCUAAACGACCACGCUCCAGUGAGCUCUUAUCCCAGGAAAUAAGAAAGCCUCUGCCACUAGAGCCCCACACAUUGGAUCACUUAACCUCUAUCAAGCGUGACAGGUCUCUGCUGUCCUCAGAUGUGGAAUCCAUAGAAGCCCUGAGCACCUCAGAAACUACCUCAACUAGCAUUUCAAGACAGUCCAGCCUCUGUAGCUCCAGCAAGACGCGCACCACAGCCUGCAUCAUGCCUGUUUCCUCUCCACCCUUAAAAAGGAAACGUGGGCGGCCACGACGGGCCCUGCAGCCCCCAACCCAGAGAAUCCCCCCUCCCAGCUUUUCAGACCCAAAUCCUUCAGCUACAGAGGUGCUGAGCCCGCUCCCGGGGCUUCACUCCACAGACAUAGUUCAUGGCAUGGACCCCAACAGCCAGCUCUCCCACCUCAAGAGCUCCAUCAGCAGCUAUUUCGGAGCAGCAGGGCGGUUGGCUUGUGGGGAAAAGUACAAAGUCCUGGCGCGACGGGUCACCCUUGACGGCAAGGUGCAGUACCUGGUGGAGUGGGAAGGAGUCACUGCCUCCUAGACGAAUGUCGACGUCACUUCUAACUUCUAACCAGCACCUACAAGAGGUUUAUGGCUGUGCUAAGGACAUGUGCACACAGCCUGUAUCCAGAGCAUUAUUUGGUAUAUGCCUUUAUUUGGUUAAGACAGGAGCAGAUUAAGUUUACUGUUUAAAGCCUACUGGUUCAGUGCUGUCUAGGGUUAAACAUGUCUUUUCCUCAUGUUUUAAAGAUUACAGUUCAUUAAUAAGGGUGAGGCAUUGUCAUUGUACCACCGCCAUAUUUGUGUUACCUGCUUUGAAUGUUUACAGAAUCCCCAUUUAUUCAGGGGCAAAUAAUUGACCAGUGCACUGCACCCGUAGGCUUUCAGUGCUCUUUAUUGUUUGAUUUUUAAUCCAGUGAUAUGCUUUUCAUUUCCAGAUCAGUUAAGUAUGAAACUGUAAGUGUUUUUGACAGAAUGUAGUAUGUCAUGCAUUAAAUGGUGAAUCUUGGAGGAUAAGAGAAAGAGGGGAGGUUUUGUUUAAAGAAUUUUCAUCAAUUUCACUACUGUAAUCAUGCAGUGAACAAUUACAUACGUUUGGUUAACAUUUGUUUUCUUACCAGAUUUGGUAAAUAAAUACAUGUCCCUUUACAGUGAUGUCCCCUCUUUCUCUAGUCCCAGCUAUGAGUACCUCUUGUUGCCUUGGGCAGACAUAUCCUUCAGUUGUGUUUUGGAAAGUGUGCUCAUUUGUGAGCAGUUCAGGAGGAAAAAGAGAUGUGCUGCUGCAAAUGUUUAUUAUUUUAUAUAGAAUUAUACUACAUUUAUUAUUAUCUUUUCCACUUGUACUUUCUCAUAUGCCUUUUUCUAUUCAGCGGGAAAGAGUUCACUGAUUUUCUUUUUUUAAAUUCUGGAUUGCACAUAAAUUUCACAAAUGAUAUCCGUUAGGUUAGACUGUCAUCUCAUUUUGAACAAAUCAUUUGAGCUUUUCUGCUCAUACAUGGAAGCAAUUGAUACAUUUCUUUUUAAAUACUUUUCUUUUAUGGUGGUGAUAACUCUGUUUAAAUGGAGAUUCUGAAAAAUAACAUCCCUAAAUCAUGUGUAAUUUCAGCAUAUAAAUGAUCAGAAGCCCAAACCCAAGAUGACUUGUAGUAACCUUUUUUUUUUAAAUAACAUUUUGAUUUGAAAUUGAUAAAAUGACUGUUAACUCUGAAAUCUUUAAGGACCUAUUUAGUUUUUACUUUUUCUGAUAGUUAUUCAAGAAAAAUAAAGUGCUGCAUAAGAUGAAUGUUGUGUACCCAGUCCUCAUACCUAGAGUUCAGAAUGAUUUUGCUUUUCUGUGCUGCCUAUGCAAGUAGUCCUGGAUAAAGAUGUUGAGCCAUAUAAUUGGACCAUGUGGCUUGAUAAUGGGGAGAUUCAGCAUUAUUGUGAUAAUUUGACCAUGUCAUUAAAUAUUUCCUGUGACGGUGCAAAAAAAACAAAACAAACAAUGCUCUUGGAUUUUUGCUUCUACAGUUAAAAUCACCUCGUAGUUUACACACUCAGGAUAUGCCCAUAAACUUCACUGUAUUGUAUAGGCCAGCAUUUGCAGCUUAACAGGAGGUCUUGAAGGUCUUGAUAUAAGUUAUUCACUCAGUGUUGUUGGUCAGUAUUUUUAUAUCAGGUGCUCAAUUACUUUUUGACCAUAUGUAUGCAUGUACGCUUUUUUUUUUCUAUGAGCAAAAUCAUUUGUAGUCUAUUUUUACUGCAACACUCGCUUGUUUAAAAUGAGUCAGAAAACAAUCACUGGAAAACUAAUAUGCUGUAUGUCAUUGCAAGAGGUAAUUAUUCUGUUAGUAUGUCUCUUUUUCGAGAUGUUUCUGUUUUUGUUGAAAUGGACAGACCUUUUUGACAUUGAUACCUCUUAAUUGUGCGGAUGUAGUCAGUGCAUUUGAAGCUUCUCUCCUCUGUUCAGCCAGUGUCUCAGCCUACAUGAUGCUACCACUGACUUCCAGCAGGCUUCUGUAGCCAAAGAACAUACAUGUAACGUCUGCUUUGUCUCUUGAGAUUCUUCUUAUUACAUUUUUAUACAUCAUUAUAUAGGUUGACGUGUUACUUCUGAACCUGUUUAGUUAAAGGAUAAAUAAAAGUUGAUAUUUUGAA